AUGGAGGUUGCAGAGAACCUCCUCCGGAAGUCACAAGUCAGCAUCCGCUACAACUCCAUGACAGUCCCAGGACCAAAUGGCACCGUCUUGAUGGAGACGCACAAAACAGUCGGGCAGCAGAUGGUGAGCUUCCCUCACCUCUUCCAGACCGUGCUGCACAUUGUCCAGGUGGUGGUCAGCUACUUCCUCAUGCUCAUCUUCAUGACCUACAAUGGCUACCUCUGCAUUGGUGUGGCAGCAGGCGCAGGGACGGGCUACUUCCUCUUCAGCUGGAAGAAGGCUGUCGUGGUGGAUAUCACAGAGCAUUGCCAUUAAUGCCAGGCAAGGGGCCUGAGCUUUACCUGCAGCCUCUGGCGAGGACCAGGUUCGGCCUCAGGCUUACUGGAAACCAUGCCAAGAACAUCCUUGGGGUGCCCUCCCACCAACUUUCUGGGGGUGAUACCUGUGCCUCUCACUCCCCACCCCCAUUUUUCCUUACUUCCCAUGAAGGUGGGUCCUGACUGGUAGGAAGAGAGCCAAUAGCCAGCUAGGACAGC